CCACUUAAUUACUUCCAUUUUCCAUCAAAAACCCCCAAGUAAAGAAGAAAAAAGGAACAGAACAAUCCCAUGUUAGUGCCUAAAAACUGUUUCUUUUUCCUUGGUGGGAAACUUGUGAUUUUUCCAAGAAUUUGCAACUCUCUUUCUUCUUUCUUUUCCAUCUCUUUUUGUGUAACCCUUUUUUUGUGUUUUUCUUGAAACAUCAGAGGAAGGGAAGCUGCUGCAUGCUUUUCUUAGACUGAAAAAGAUUUGAUCUUUACUUGGAGCUCUAUUUCUCUCCAUGAGAAAAUCUUGAAACCUUUGCAGUGUUGAUGUCUGCUUGUGAUUGUACUGCUCUGCUCAAGCCCAUGUCAACAAUAAUAGAGAUAUAUACAGACUGGAAUCCUUGUCCCUUGAUGUGAAAAGACCAUCCUGCCCCUCCACAAAAAUUCCACUAAAAAAAUGACCAAAUCCAAAUUUUCCCUCCGAAUCCUAACUGUUUUCUUGAUCUCAUUAUCUUGUUUGGAGCCUUCCCAAUGCCUGAAAUCAGAGGUGGAGGCCUUGUUAGAAUUCAAGAAAUUGAUCAUUGAUCCAUUAAAAUAUUUGGAAUCAUGGAAAGAUUCAGAUUCAGAUUCAGAUUCCCCUUGCAGAUUCUAUGGAAUCCACUGUGAUCAAGAAAUGGUGACUGGGAUCUCUCUGGACAAUCUCUCCCUCUCGGGGCAGAUAUCGCCGUCGCUCUCAGCCCUGCCCGGCCUCACGUCCCUCGUCCUCACGUCUCACUCGCUAACGGGGCCUCUCCCGGCCGAGCUCAGCAAGUGCAAAAGCCUCAAAGUCUUAAACGUCUCUGGCAACUACUUAACUGGUAGUGUUCCUGAUCUCUCAAUGCUGACGAGCUUGGAAGCGCUCGAUAUCUCGCUUAACUCGUUCACAGGGCCGUUCCCGAGCUGGGUCGGGAGCCUGACCGGCCUAGUGUCGUUAGUCCUCGGCCAGAACACCUACGACGAGGGUGAGAUUCCUCCCACCAUUGGCAAACUGAAGAAGUUGCAAUGGCUCUUCUUGGCUAACUCGAGUUUAAAAGGCGAGAUCCCCGAGUCCAUCUUCGAGCUGGAGGCGUUAGGCACGUUGGAUAUUUGCGUAAACAAGAUAACGGGAAGGCUUCCGGCUUCCAUUGGCAAGAUGAGGAGUUUGUUCAAGAUUGAGCUGUAUGCGAACUUUCUCACGGGAGAAAUCCCGGCUGAGGUGGCUGAUCUGGCCGAUCUCAAGGAGUUUGAUGUGUCAAACAAUCAAAUGUAUGGUGUGAUCCCAAAGGAGAUUGGGAGGUUGAAGAAACUAACUGUUUUUCACUUGUUCAAGAACAACUUUUCUGGUGAGAUUCCCUCUGGUUUCGGAGAAAUGCAGCAUCUCAAGGCGUUUUCCAUCUACAAGAACGCGUUCACAGGCGUUUUCCCGGAGAAUCUAGGCCAUUUCUCGGUGUUAAACAGCAUAGACAUAUCCGAAAACAGAUUCUCCGGUCCGUUUCCUAAGUACUUGUGCCAAGGGAAGAAUCUUCAGAACUUGCUUGCGUUGGGGAAUGAUUUCUCCGGGGAGUUUCCGGAUAGUUAUGGUGAUUGUAGCCCUCUGCAGAGGCUGAGGAUCAACCAAAACCGGCUCAAUGGAUCCAUUGCAGACAGGGUGUGGGCGCUUCCGAAUGUGCAAGUCAUGGACUUUAGUGAUAAUGGCUUCACGGGGAGGGUGUCACCGAGCAUUGGGGCGUCGCUGCAGCUAACAGAGCUAAUGCUGUCGAACAACAGAUUCUCGGGCGAGCUGCCUCAAGAGCUCGGCCGUCUUGGCCUAAUGGAGCGUAUCUACUUGGACAACAACAACUUCUCCGGUGUGAUACCAUCGCAGUUUGGGGCGUUGAAGCAGAUCACGUCGUUGCAUUUGGAAGAAAACGCCUUGUCCGGAUCCGUGCCAGCAGAGUUGGCUAACUGCCCUAGGUUGGUGAGUUUGAAUCUUGCUUCGAACCAGCUGAGUGGUGGGAUCCCGAGGAGCUUCUCGAACAUGGCCUCGUUGAACUCGCUGAACCUCUCGAGGAAUCAGCUUAGUGGGAGGAUUCCAGAGGACUUCGAGAGGAUGAGGCUCUCGUUUGUUGAUCUGUCGUACAACCGUUUGUCAGGGAGUGUGGCUCCUUAUUUCAUGGUCGUGGCCGGUGACAAGGCGCUCGUUGGGAAUGCCGGCCUAUGCUUAGACGUGGACGAGGAGGGGAAGAAGAGGAAGUUCAAGGACUCUGCCUUGCCUAUCUGUGUUCAUAAAGGAAAUGGCCACAAGAGCUUUACUAGGAGCAAGCUAGCGGUGUCGUGCAUCAUACUAGUCGCCCUCGUUGCUUUCCUGGCCGGGCUUUUGUUCGUGAGCUAUAGGAACUUCAAGAAAGGCGAGCGGAUGGGAGACGAGAAUGGCGUGCUCGGCCCUUGGAAGCUCGAGAGCUUCCAAAAAGUGGAGUUUGAUGUGGAUGAUAUACAUGGUGUGGAUGAGGAGAACUUGAUCGGGAGCGGGAGCACCGGUAAGGUGUAUCGCCUCGACUUGAGCAAGGGUUGCGGAACCGUGGCUGUGAAGCAGCUGUGGAGGGGCAAUGGGGUGAAGCUCAUGGCUGCAGAGAUGGAGAUUCUUGGGAAGAUUAGGCAUAGGAAUAUACUCAAAUUGUAUGCUUGUUUGAUGAAAGAAGGCUCGAAUUUCUUGGUUUUCGAGUACAUGUCGAACGGGAACUUGUUUCAAGCGUUGCACCGGGAGAUCAAGCCCGGGAAGCCGGAGCUGGAUUGGUAUCAAAGGUACAAGAUUGCAGUCGGGGCUGCAAAAGGGAUCGCCUACUUGCACCACGACUGCAGCCCGGCUAUCGUCCACAGAGACAUCAAGUCGACGAACAUACUUCUUGAUGAGGAUUACGAGGCUAAAGUUGCUGAUUUUGGCGUUGCGAAGGUAGCUGAUCCGUCCUCUCCGAAGGGGUCCGAGUGGAGUAACUUUGCCGGGACACAUGGCUACUUUGCACCGGAGAUGGCCUAUUCGCUCAAGGUGACGGAGAAGUGCGACGUGUACAGCUUCGGGGUCGUGCUGCUGGAGCUCGUGACGGGGAGGAGGCCGGUGGAGGAGGAGUACGGGGACGGGAAGGACUUGGUGUAUUGGGUUUCGACUCAUCUCGGCAGCAGGGAGGAUGUGAUCAAGGUUCUUGACCGAAAGGCGGUGCCUGAGCCCGUGCAAGAUGACGCGAUCAAGGUGUUGAAGGUCGCGACGCUGUGCACGAAAAAGCUCCCGAAUCUGCGGCCGAGCAUGAAGGAGGUGGUCAAGAUGCUGGUGGAUGCUGAGCCUGGGGCUGGCUUGAGGUCUCCAGAUAAUGUGGGGAGGAAUGAAGAAAAAGGGGUGUGUUUAGACCAUUUUUGAGAUAGUUUUUCAUUGUGUAGAUACAGUUUGUAUGGUUGAUUUUAGUGUUUUUGAGAUUUUAGGGUUGAUUGAUAUCUCAAUAUAAAUAUGUUAUGUAUCAUAGUAUUGAAUAUGAAUCUCAUUUUGUAUGAUUUGAAUAACAAUUUUGUGUCUGAUUUUCUUUGAUAAA